CAAACCCACAUCUCUAAUUUCAUUGCUACAAAAACCAUGGCUUCAAAACCAUCAAUUUCCUUAUGCGUUCUUACUUCAUUAUUCGCCGCUCUAAUCGGAACUUCAACGGCCUACAAAUUUUACGUCGGAGGAACAGACGGAUGGGUUUUAAGACCAUCCGAGAACUAUAACCAAUGGGCUGAAAGAAUGAGAUUUCAAGUCAAUGACACUCUUUUGUUUAAGUAUAAGAAUGGAGAAGACUCUGUUUUGAUUGUGAACAAAGGGGAUUACGAUAAUUGCAAAAAACAGAACCCAAUACAGAAAUUAGACGGCGGAGAUUCUGUCUUCAUGUUUGAUCGGUCGGGUUCUUUCUAUUUUAUUAGUGGUCAUUUUGAUAACUGUGAAAAGGGACAGAAAUUAUUAGUCGUUGUUAUGGCGGUUAGAAACAAGUUCCCUCAGCCAGCUCCAUUUCCCGGCAGUGCGCCUUCGCCGUUGGUUCAUGCUCCACCUCCGUCGGCUCUAGCUCCGGCAACCAACGUCCCUGAGAUGGGUCCUUCUCAGGGUUCAUUGCCUUCUCCGGUUGAUAAUAGUACUUCACCGCCACCGCCACCGCCGCCGCCGUCUAGAUCUGAAGCAACGGCAGUAUGUUCGUCGGUAGUGCUGGUUUUGUUCUUGAUGGGGGGAAUUAAAUUUGGGUUCUUUUGAUCUUGUCUUUAUUUUGUUUUGCAAAGAUUGGGUUGUGUUUAAUUAUGUUUUUGUUGGUCAAUUUGUUAGAGUGUGAGAUGUUUUCAUGGAUUACAUAUUUUUAUAAUAUUUUUAAAAAGUUUACUAUAAUUUGAAAAUUAAGUAACUCAAUG